AUGAGCAAUAUGUUAAUCGCACCGUCUCUUGAGGUGGUUCGCGAGGCACUCACGAAAGAGGGACAUGCGCAGAUUGGCAGGAUCAUUCCCGUCUAUACCAAGAUCCCUGCAGAUUUGCUCACGCCGGUCAUGGCUUACCUGCGCCUGUCUGACGGAGCAAAGGUCGGGCAGGAGAGCUUCUUGCUGGAAAGUGUAAAUACUGGAGAGCGUCUAGGGAGGUACAGUUUCCUGGGUGUAAAGCCGCGUGACGUCCUGCGCACAGGACCUGGACUAGAUUGCGAAGGUGAUCCACUCGCACACCUGGAGAAACGGAUGCGAUCAUACGAGUAUGUGGCCGUGCCGGAGCUCGACAUGUUCACAGGUGGUGCGGUUGGGUAUAUUGCAUUCGACUGCAUUCAGCAUUUUGAGCCAAAGACGAAGCGGGAGUUGCGUGAUCCACUGGGAAUUCCUGAGUGCGUAAUGCUGCUGUGCGACUCGGUCGUCAUCUUUGAUCAUGUGUUCCAAACCGUGUACUGUGUAUCGCACGUGCAUGUGACAGAAGAUGCGGCAGACAUCGACGCUCUCUAUACAGCCUGUUCGAACAAGGUCGAGAGCCUGGUGCGAACGAUUUUGCAGGAUACAACGCCCUUGCCUGAGCAGGGCAAGAUCGGACCCCAUGGCCAGCCCGUGAGCAAUGUCGGAAAAGCAGGUUACGAGCAUUUCGUCACAGAACUUCGCAAACACAUCCUGCAGGGUGAGAUUUUCCAAGCUGUGCCGUCGCAGCGUCUUGCUUGCCCAACACAAUUACAUCCAUUCAACUGCUACCGCCAUCUACGACGAAUUAAUCCCAGUCCAUACAUGUUCUAUGUCGACUGUGGCGAUGCGCAGCUCGUGGGAGCAAGUCCUGAAACUUUGUGCCAAGUGGUGCGUGGCAAAGUAGCCGUGCAUGCAAUCGCUGGCACGGUGCGUCGUGGGCAUUCGCCGCAAGAAGACUUGAAGUUAGGCCAUCAGCUUCUUCACUCUGAAAAGGACCGCGCCGAACAUAUUAUGCUCGUGGACCUCGCACGCAAUGACGUGAGCCGGGUUUGCGACCCCACCACUACGCGUGUCGAGUCGCUGAUGAACAUAGAAAAAUUCAGCCAUGUGAUCCAUCUAACGUCACGAGUCACGGGCCAGUUACGACCAAGCUGCAGCAAGUUUGACGCACUCCGCUCCAUCUUCCCAGCAGGCACUGUUAGUGGUGCACCCAAAAUCCGUGCCAUAGAGCUGGUCUCAGAGCUGGAGCAAGAGCGCCGCGGCGUGUAUGCAGGAGCCGUCGGACGAAUUGACUUUGCGAAAGAUGAUCUGGAUGUCUGCAUCGCAAUUCGCACAAUGACUUUUAAGAAUGGCGUCGCAUAUCUUCAAGCAGGAGGUGGAAUUGUCUAUGACAGCGUCGAAGAAGAAGAAUACGUCGAGACGGUGAACAAACUAGGCGGCAAUCUUCGGUGCCUCGCACAGGCAGAAGAAGCAUAUCGAGAAACUCAUUCGUAA